AUGUUAAGAGCUGUUCCACUAGUAUCUACAAAACAAGUUUCUAAAAGAAUUUUGUCUUCUAAACUAAGCACACCUUCGAAAUUGUUCGGUGCCGCUUUACCAUCUUUAAGAAGAAAUUAUGCUAUAGGUCAAGAUUCUUUCUUAUCUACAAGCAAUGCUCCAUACAUUGAAGAAAUGUUUGAAAAUUGGAAGAAUGAUCCCACUUCAGUCCAUUCUUCUUGGGAUGCUUACUUCAGAAAUAUGUCUGAUUUGAACAUUCCUGCUUCUCAGGCUUUCCAAGCUCCUCCUACUUUGGUGGGAACCCCAACUGGUAAUGAAGAUGUACCUUUGGGCACUGGAAUUGGCCAAAACGUCAAUUCAAACGUCAUGUCACAUUUGAAAGUUCAAUUGCUAUGUAGAGCUUAUCAAGUUAGAGGUCAUUUGAAAGCUCAUAUUGAUCCAUUGGGUAUUUCAUUUGCUGAUGAUGUUACAAAGCCUGUCCCCAAGGAAUUGACUCUUGAAUACUACGGGUUUACCGAAAAGGAUCUAGAUCAAGAAAUCACUUUGGGUCCUGGUAUCCUACCAAGAUAUGCCAAGAAUGGUACUACUAAAUUAACUCUAAGAGAAAUCGUGGCUAAUUUGGAAAAAUUAUAUUGUCAAUCUUAUGGUAUUGAAUAUACACAUAUCCCAUCUAAGUUAAAAUGUGAAUGGCUAAGAGAAAGAAUUGAAAUCCCAAAUCCUUACAACUAUACCAUUGAACAAAAGAAGCAAAUUUUGGAUAGAUUAACUUGGGCUACAUCUUUUGAAAGUUUCCUUUCCACCAAAUUCCCCAAUGACAAGAGAUUCGGGUUAGAAGGUUUAGAAGCUGUAGUUCCAGGUAUCAAGACUUUGAUUGAUCGUGCUGUGGAAAUGGGUGUCGAGGAUGUUGUUCUUGGUAUGGCUCAUCGUGGUAGAUUGAACGUUUUAUCCAAUGUGGUUCGUAAACCAAAUGAAUCUAUCUUUGCUGAAUUUAAAGGUAGCAGUCCAGCCAAAAAUGCUUACGAAGGUUCCGGUGAUGUCAAAUAUCAUUUGGGUAUGAAUUAUCAAAGACCAACCACUUCUGGUAAAUUUGUUAAUUUAUCAUUAGUUGCCAAUCCAUCUCAUUUAGAAGCUCAAGAUCCAGUUGUUUUGGGUAGAACAAGAUCUAUCUUGGAAAGUAAGCAUGAUUUAGAUAACAAAACUAAAGCUAUUGGUGUUUUAUUACAUGGUGAUGCUGCCUUUUCAGGCCAAGGUGUGGUUUAUGAAACCAUGGGAUUUGAAAACUUACCUGAAUAUUCUACAGGUGGUACUAUUCAUGUUAUUACCAACAACCAAAUUGGGUUUACCACUGAUCCAAGAUUCUCUAGAUCCACACCAUAUCCAUCUGAUUUAGCCAAAGCUAUUGAUGCCCCAAUUUUCCAUGUCAAUGCCAACGAUGUGGAGGCUGUUACUUUUGUGUUUAACUUGGCAGCAGAAUGGAGAAACACAUUCCAUUCAGAUGCCAUCAUUGAUAUUGUUGGUUGGAGAAAACAUGGUCAUAAUGAAACUGAUCAACCUGCAUUCACUCAACCAUUAAUGUAUCAAAGAAUUUCUAAACAAAAGAAUGUUUUCGAUGUUUAUAAGGAAAAAUUAAUUGCAGAAGGAUCCUUUACUGAAAGUGCUAUUGAAGAACAUAGAAAAUGGGUUUGGGGCUUAUUUGAAGAUUCUUUUGAAAAAGCCAAAGAAUAUACUCCAACUUCAAGAGAAUGGCUAACUGCUGCAUGGGAAGGAUUUAAAUCACCAAAGGAAUUAGCCACUGAAAUCCUACCACAAUAUCCAACUAAUGUAGAUAAGGAUAUUUUGGAUAAGAUUGCCGGCAAGAUCUCAUCAUGGCCAGAAAAUUUCGAAGUUCAUAAGAAUUUAAAGAGAAUUUUAACUACAAGAGGUAAAACUGUUGCCACUGGUGAAGGUAUUGAUUGGUCUACUGGUGAAGCCCUAGCGUUUGGUUCCUUAUUAUUAGAAGGUUAUAAUGUUAGAGUUAGUGGUGAAGAUGUAGAAAGAGGUACAUUUUCACAACGUCAUGCAGUCUUACAUGACCAAAUUUCGGAAAGAACAUAUACUCCAUUGAAACAUUUAUCUAAUGGUCAAGCCAAUUUCACUAUUUCUAAUUCUUCAUUAUCUGAAUAUGGUGUUAUGGGUUUUGAAUAUGGUUACUCCUUAACUUCACCAGAUAAUUUAGUAAUGUGGGAAGCUCAAUUUGGUGAUUUUGCCAAUACAGCUCAAGUUAUUACAGAUCAAUUUAUUGCUGGUGGUGAACAAAAAUGGAAACAACGUUCCGGUUUAGUUCUUUCAUUACCACAUGGUUAUGACGGUCAGGGACCUGAACAUUCUUCAGGUAGAUUGGAAAGAUUCUUACAAUUGGCUAAUGAAGAUCCAAGAUAUUUCCCAAGUCCUGAAAAAUUACAACGUCAACAUCAAGAUUGUAACUUCCAAGUCGUCUACCCAACUACUCCAGCCAAUUUAUUCCAUAUCUUGAGAAGACAACAACAUCGUCAAUUCCGUAAACCAUUGGCAUUAUUCUUCUCCAAACAAUUGUUGCGUCAUCCAUUGGCCAGAUCUAAGUUGAGUGAAUUUACAGAUGGUGGAUUCCAAUGGAUUAUCGAAGAUGCAGAACAUGGUAAGAGUAUUGGUACUAAAGAGGAAACCAAACGUCUAGUAUUGAUGAGUGGUCAAGUUUAUACUGCACUACAUAAGAGACGUCAAGAAUUGAAAGAUACCGCUACCGCAUUCUUAAAGAUUGAAGAAUUACAUCCAUUCCCAUUUGCUCAAUUACGUGAAUCUCUAGAUAGCUAUCCAAACUUGGAAGAAAUUGUUUGGUGUCAAGAAGAACCAUUGAAUAUGGGAGGUUGGUCUUAUGCAUCUCCAAGAUUACAAACCGUUUUGAACGAGACUGCCAAGUAUAAGGAUGCCAAGAUUAGAUACUGUGGUAGAAACCCAAGUGGUGCUGUUGCAGCAGGUAAUAAGCCAUUACAUUUGGCUGAAGAAGAUGCCUUUUUGAGAGAUGUUUUCUUACAAGAUUAA